AUGCUUUUCCUAUUGGCUUUAAUUCUGUUAAUUUUCCCCGUUUGGGCUUUUAAUGCACAAAGCAAUUCCAAUGUUGCUGUCUAUUGGGGUCAAAACUCCGGUGGCUCACAACAGAGAUUAUCCUACUAUUGUGAUUCUGAUGCUGCUGAUAUUUUUAUCAUUUCAUUCAUGCAUGUUUUCCCAAAUCCACUUCAAUUGAACUUUGCAAAUGCUUGUGAAGGUUCUUAUACUAGUAGUGGGUUAUUGCAAUGUGAAACUAUUGCACAAGAUAUUAAAACUUGUCAAGCUAAAGGUAAGAAAAUCUUGCUUUCUUUAGGUGGUGCUGCUGGUUCUUAUGGUUUUACUGAUGAUUCUACUGCUAAAGAAUUUGCUACUACUUUAUGGGAAUUAUUUGGUAAUAGUGAUGCUUUAUCUACAAGUGAACGUCCAUUUUUCGAUGCAGUCCUUGAUGGGUUUGACUUUGAUAUCGAAAAUAAUAAUCCAACUGGUUAUCCUGCUUUAGCUAAUGAAUUAAGAGAAAUCUUUGCUACUGAUACUUCAAAAUCAUAUUACUUGGGUGCUGCUCCACAAUGUCCAUAUCCUGAUGCAUCUGUUGGUACAUUAUUGCAAAACAGUUAUAUUGAUUUUGUUUUCAUCCAAUUCUACAACAAUUAUUGUAACUUGGGAACCAGCUUCUUCAAUUGGGAUACUUGGUUAAACUAUGCUGAAAAUGUUUCUCCAAACAAGAAUGUCAAAUUAUUUGUUGGUGUUCCUGCAAGUCCUGUUGCUGCAGGUAGUGGUUAUAAUGCUCCAAGUGCAGUUGCUUCUGCUUUAACAAGUGAUAUUUUGAAUAGUCCAUAUUUCGGUGGUAUUUCCAUGUGGGAUAUUUCUGCUGGUUGGGUUAAUACUAAUAGUGAUGGUAACUUUGUUGAAAAUAUGAAAGCUAUUGUUGCUGAUGCUGGCGAAAAUACUAGUAUCUUAACUACAUCUACCUCCACUACUAGCACUACAAGUUCUACCAGUACUACUAGCUCCACUACAUCAACUAGUUCUACUACAUCAACUAGUUCUACUACAUCAACUACUUCCACCACUUCUAGUACUUCCACCACAUCAACAACUUCAAGUACUUCCACCACUUCCAGUACUUCAACUAGUUCUACAUCAACUAGUUCAACAUCAACUAGUUCAACGACUUCUAGCUCUUCUAGUACUUCCACCGCUUCUAGUACUUCAACAACUUCUAGUACUUCAACAACUUCAACAACUUCCAGUACUUCAACUAGUUCUACAUCAACUAGUUCAACAACUUCUAGUACUUCAACAACUUCCAGUACUUCAACAACUUCAACAACUUCUAGUACUUCUAGUACUUCUAGUACUUCCACCACAUCAACAACUUCAAGCAGUUCUUCCAGUUCUGUUGCUCCUACCAUCAGCUCUGCUACUAAACCAGAUACUAGCUCAUCCAUCCCAAGUUUAACUUCAUCUGUCAGUUCCAGUGAAUCUGUUGCUGACACUACUACAUCUGCUUCAAGUUCUGCUGCUUCAAGUUUGGAUGUUGCUUCUUCUAAAACCAGCUCAGUAUCUCCAUCAGUUGAUAUUUCAAGUUCAACCAAAUCUAUUACAAGUUCAACCAAACCUACUUCUAAAACUAGUUCAGUAUCUCCAUCAACUGAUGUUUCAAGUACAACCAAACCUACUUCUAGCUCAACCAAACCUACUUCAAGUUCAACCACAUCUGUUACCAGCUCAUCAUCUGUUACUGCUUCUUCUUCUUCUGUUACUGGAACCUCAUCAUCUAUUGUUACUUCAAGUUCAAAAGAUACGUUGAAAUCAACCAGCUCAACCAAAGGUACCUCCACCACAAGCGAAUUAUUUACCACAACAAGUGCUUCUAAUUUAGUACAACCAACAGUUACUGUUCUGUCUAAAACCACAUCAACUAGAGUAUCUACAUUCUACGUUUGGGCUCCAACUACUCUUAUUACAUUAACUACAGAGUAUAGAACUUAUACUACUAGAACUCAUUUAGCAACAGUUUAUGGUGAACCAAGAACCAUUACUGUUGAUUAUUAA